AUGAGGGCGCUGGUCCUGCUCUGCUGCUUCGUGGCCUCGCUUCUGCUCCCAGGACAAGCAGAACUGCAAGUUUCCGCUUCGGGUGGCACGGAAGAUGUUGGCAAUUUGUUGGAGAAUCAUUUCUCUGCCGGAGACGCAAGUCUAGAGGAGAAAGAAAGGGCGCUUCGGUCAGAGGCGGCCCCUGAAGAGACGCACCCGCUCCUUCACCCCACAGAAGGCGGGGAGGAUGGGAGCUCGGAGAAGACAGCCGCCGACGGUCUGGGCUCGGAUCCCGAUCCCGAUGCCGAAGCCAGCCUCUCCAACGCCUCGGCCUCCGAGUCUGCUACCCCGGGGGAACCUCUGGGGCCCGUGGCGGAAGAUGCGGACCCGCCGGGAGCGGGCCCGCCGGGAGCAGCGAGCGCCCUUCCCCCAGGAGGGGAGGAGGAGCCCGGGGAGGAGGAAGGGGCGCGGGAGCUCAGCUCCGGAGAGGGCCCAGGACAGGAGGCGGAGGGGCCGGCUGGGAGCGGCGAGGUCCCCGAGGAAGCUGCGGAGGCGCUAGGGGAAGACCCCGCGCAGGGAGCAGCGGCGGGGGCCCCAGAGAUUGAGGACGCAGGGGACUCUCCCAGCCAGGAGGUCGAGACAGGAGGGCAGGGCAGCCCAGGGCCCGGUCAGGAGCCAGAAGUGCCUGAUGGAGCCGCGGAUGUGGACGCAGAAGCCGCGCAGAGGACGGAGGACCAGGCGGAACCCAGCUCCAGCUCCGCCGCGGCCGCGGAAGACGCUGCCGCGCGUGAAGAGGAGGGGGGCUCCCGGGAGCACCGCCCCGCGGAGGGGAUACCCGCGGAGCACCCGGACGAGGCCUCCUCUGAAGAAGAGGGGGGUGAAGAAUCCGAAGAGGACAGCGGCGACGAAGAGGACAGCGGCGACGGGGCUAGUUCGGAAGAAGCCGGGGGCGCCUCGGAGGAGGAAGCCGAGAAAGAAGCUGGGGAAGGAGCCCACGCGGCAGCGGGAAGCGCGAGCCCCGGGGAGGAGGGGUCCCCGGAGGAAUCGCCCGAGGGUGCCGCCGCGCAGGAGCCCAAGGAGGAGGGGCCACAGGAAGAGGCGGAGGAUGUGAGUGAGGAAGCCCCGCUGAGGGACCGCUCCCACAUCGAGAGAACUCUGAUGCUGAAUGAGGACAAGCCAGCUGAUGACUUCUCUGCGGUGCUGCAGCGGCUUCGAAAGAUCUACCACUCGUCCAUCAAGCCCCUGGAGCAGUCUUACAAAUACAAUGAGCUUCGGCAGCACGAGAUCACAGAUGGGGAGAUCACAUCCAAGCCGAUGGUCUUGUUCCUGGGGCCGUGGAGUGUUGGCAAAUCCACCAUGAUCAACUACCUCCUUGGCUUGGAAAACACUCGCUACCAGCUCUACACAGGCGCCGAGCCCACCACCUCGGAGUUCACGGUCCUCAUGCACGGGCCCAAGCUGAAGACCAUCGAGGGCAUCGUCAUGGCUGCUGACAGUGCCCGGUCCUUCUCGCCCCUCGAGAAGUUUGGCCAGAAUUUCCUGGAGAAGCUGAUCGGCAUUGAGGUUCCCCACAAGCUCCUGGAGCGGGUCACAUUUGUGGAUACACCAGGCAUCAUUGAGAACCGCAAGCAGCAAGAAAGAGGCUACCCCUUCAACGACGUGUGCCAGUGGUUCAUCGACAGAGCGGACCUCAUCUUCGUCGUCUUCGAUCCCACCAAGCUGGACGUGGGUCUGGAGCUGGAGAUGCUCUUCCGCCAGCUGAAGGGGCGCGAGUCCCAGAUAAGGAUCAUCCUGAACAAGGCUGACAACCUCGCCACGCAGAUGCUCAUGAGGGUGUACGGGGCCCUCUUCUGGAGCCUGGCCCCUCUCAUCAAUGUCACAGAGCCUCCACGGGUGUACGUCAGCUCCUUCUGGCCCUACGACUACAAGCCCGACACCCACCGGGACCUGUUUCUCAGGGAAGAGAUCUCCCUCCUGGAGGACCUGAACCAGGUGAUCGAGAACAGGCUGGAGAACAAGAUUGCCUUCAUCCGCCAGCAUGCCAUCCGGGUCCGCAUUCACGCCCUCCUGGUGGACCGCUACCUGCAGACGUACAAGGAGAAGAUGACCUUUUUCAGUGACGGGGAGCUGGUCUUUAAGGACAUCGUGGAAGACCCUGAUAAAUUCUACAUCUUCAAGACCAUCCUGGCCAAGACCAACGUCAGCAAGUUUGACCUUCCCCACCGCGAGGCCUACAAGGACUUCUUUGGCAUCAACCCCAUCUCCAGUUUCAAGCUCCUGUCCCAGCAGUGCUCCUACAUGGGAGGCUGCUUUCUGGAUAAGAUUGAGCGGGCCAUCACCCAGGAGCUCCCCAGCCUCCUGGGCAGCCUCGGGCUGGGGAAGAACCCAGGUGCUCUCAACUGUGACAAGACAGGGUGUGGCGAGACCCCAAAGAACCGUUAUAAGAAACCCUAG